AUGUCUUCAGCUAUGAAUAUUUUAUCAUCAUUCACAAUUUUUGCCUUAUUUGUUUCAUUUGUUAUUUCUAAGUCACUAGAAUUUAGUGACAAAAAUUUCAUUGAUUCUUUAAGUUUUAAGAAUAUUUUAACACCAGUUAUUUUAAAUGAUGAUGAAAAUAAUCAUAUCUUAAAAAAAAGACAAGAUAAUUAUAAUAAUGAAAAUGGAAUGCAAAUUAAUGGUGAUAUUGAAGGUUCAAAUAGUACAUUCAAUCAAAUACAAAAUGAUAUAAAAGAAAGUCAUACAAUAUUAGAAAAAAGUUUAUUACUUUUUCAAAAAAAAUAUCGACAAACUUUACAAAAUAUUCAAAUACAAAUAUCAAAUUUAGCUACAGAAUUUGAUUACCUAGAAAAAAAGAUAGAAUCAAGAAAAUUAAGACAAUCUACAACACCAUGUCCUCCUAUUCCUAAAUGUCCAUCAACAACCCCAAUUUUAGUAACUUUGCCAACAACAACAGUAACAAUUAAACCAUCAACAAAGUCAACUACAUUGUUAACGACAACAAGACCAACCACAACGCAGUCAACAACAACAACAACAACCACAUAUACAACGUCACCAAAACCAACUACAUUGUUAACAACAACAAGACCAACCACAACGCAGUCAACAACAACAACCACAUAUACAACAUCAACAAAGUCAACUACAUUGCUUACAACGACAAGAUCAACCACAACACAGUCAACAACAACGACAACAUUAACAACAACAACCACAUAUACAACAUCAACAAAACCAACUACAUUGUUUACAACGACAAGAUCAACCACAACGCAGUCAACAGCAACAACAAACUUAUCGAAAUUGCCAGAAACAACAACUAAAUGUGUUUGCAGUGGUUAA